CGGCGCAGCUGCGUGCUGGUGGUAAGAGGAGGCUGUGGCGGCGGAGGCUGGAGGAGCUUUAGCCCGGAGUUUCUGUCUGACAGCGGGCUGCAGAAGCGCUCACACCAUGCGGUCUGUACCCAGCACAGCCCGGCAGCCCGGCGGGGGAAGUUAAGACCAUGAGCUGAAGAUCGUUCAGCCGUCCUCUUCCUGUCGUCCUCCCUCCUCCCCACCCUGCUGUUCCCAAUGAUGAACGAUAAGCUUGUGUUCCUUGGGUUGCUCUACUUCAUCCAGGGCAUCCCAUAUGGCCUGCAGUCGUCCCUGCUGCCCGUGUACCUGCGCGGCGCCGGCCACUCCCUCACCCGCAUCAGCCUGACCAAAGUGCUGUACUUCCCCUGGGUGCUUAAAGUACUCUGGGCACCCCUGGUGGACCGGACGGGCACCAAGCGGUGCUGGCUGGUGACCACCGUAGCUGGUCUGGCCCUCACGUGCUUGGUCAGCGCCACCGUGGCGCCCGAGUCGCAGUACGCGGCCGUGGCCGGCGCCCUGCUGGCUAUGAACGUGCUGGCCUCGGUGCAGGACAUCGCGGUGGACGGGGCGGCCGUGCGCCUGCUGCGGGGGCAGGGCGAGCUGGGGCUGGGUAACACUGCGCAGGUGGUGGGCUACAAGGCGGGCUCCGUGUUCGCGGGAGGCGGGCUGCUGGCUGUGAUUGACGUGGCCGGCUGGGGCUGGAUGUUCACUCUGCUGGCCUGUGUGUACGGAGGUGUAGCACUGUUCGUUUGGGGAGCCCCCGUGCUUGACGGCGAGGCAGGCAGGACUCAGACGGAGACGCGCCGGGGGUCCCGAGACGUGGUGCGGCCCUGGAGGGUCUGGAGGAAGCUGAUGGCCGUACCAGGGACGCCGUGGAAUAUGCUGUAUGUGCUCACCUAUAAACUAGGUGAGCAGGGAGCCAUCACCAUGUUCCCCCUCUUCCUGCUGGAUCAUCACAUGACCUCACGAGAGCUCAGCAUGUGGAACGGCGUGGUCGCCAUGGCCUUCAGCAUCUGCGGAUCCUCUGCUGGAGGCUUCUUACUGUCCCGAUACAGCAUUGGUUUGUUGAUGAGGCGAGUAUUCGUGAUCCGGACCAUCAGCAUGGUGUUCCAGUGUUCCCUGCUCACAGUUCUGGAACCUUCACCACUGAUGAAAGGGAUGUCUGUAUUGAGUUUGAGCGUGCAGCACUUCAUAGCAGGUCUCAUCACCACCCUGACCUUCACCUCCAUGAUGAACUGCACUCAAAGAGCUGAAGAAAGCAUCCAGGCCACUCACUACAGUUUCCUGGCUACUCUGGAGGUUCUGGGAAAGCUGAGCUUCAGCGCCCUGGCUGGAGGAAUGGUGGACACGGUGGGCUUUCCCGUAGCCUUCCUCCUCUUCCUCUUCCUCACCUCCAGCAGCGCCCUGCACGUGUGGAGCGCCACGGAGUCGGGGGUACUGAAGGAACAGCUGAAAGGGCAGCCUCAGUGAUCAGCUUUACCCGCAGGCAGGAACAGUGAGGUGUGUGCGCGUGUGUGUGUGUGUGUGUGUUAAUGUAAAGAAAGCUGAUAGACCGGCUGCUGUGAUCAGCUUUACCUGCAGAUAACCAGACCGUAAUGAUGGAUAAAUUAAUAAAUAAAUGAGUGUGAGCAGAAUCAGGACGUAGCUUCACCCACAGUGUGUAGUGUGUGUGUGUGGCAGGAGAGGUAAGUGUGUGUGUGUGUGUGUGUUUGUGUGCGGUCAGACGUUUCUUGAAUGUUCUGAGGUGUGUUUAAGAAGAUCUGGGGGCUUUAAGCAGAAAUCAAUAAUAAUAAAAAUCCCUUUUUGGGAGAAAAGCUUAAAAAUCAAACUUAAUUAAAUCAAAAUGACUGAUAGAAUUCUUUCUAAAGAAAACCCAGCAGCUACACAAGCUAAAGCACUUCACUUUGUGAAACUUCACAGGGUGGUGCUGUUCAUGAUCUUCAGGGAUUCAAUAGAAGAAGAAUACCUGCCAGUCUGAGUGAACUAGAUUCUCUAAAUCCUCGAUUCGAUUUUAUUUCAUGAUUUUAGGGUCACGAUUCGAUUUGAUUCGAUUCUCGAUUUUCUUUUCUCUUUUUUUUUUACAGCAGAGAGGUCUAUGGCAGUUUUAGAUUAGUCUAUGGUCAGUCAUUGGUUUGAUUCAUUAAAUUUACAAUAUCUUAUUUCAAAAGGUGGGCUUGAUAUAAGUGAUGCAAAGUGAUACAAGUGAUCUGUAAUACACCACAUUAGGCACUAAUGGUCUAAUUUAAAUAACUUAAUUAAGAUACAUAUGUAAUGCCAUCUAGUGGGCUUUUUUGGUAGCAGCAGUGUGCACUAUUAAAACAGCAAUGUGCAACAUAACAAAAUAAAUAAUAAAAAAUACAGGAACAGUCAUGUACAAAAUAAUAGAACAAUUAGAGCCUUAACAAACUGAACUCUAUCCUACUAUAACAGUUAAACAUGAAAAAUAAAACUUUAAGACUUUUUCGGUCCCUGAGAAUGAGAAGUUUUUUUCUUUAAUAAAGAUAUAUUAUUAACUUUAUCUGAGAGAAAGAUGCUCCUUAAGGUACCAAAACUAUUAACAUAUUUGAGGCUAGACAAAACAACUGUUAUUUUAAUAUUUUCAAGUUUUUCUUUAAGAAGAUAAGAAUGUUCACAUUCUCUGGAGAAAGAGCUGCUCUCUGAGCAGUCACAAUGUCCGCGGCGUCGGCUACAGUGUGCUGCGCCAUUUGCGUAGCUUAGAGGGAGGGAUCGUCAAUCCUCUUUUUGACUUCGAAGCUCGAGACGAUGAGAUAAUUUGAUCGAUUUCGAUAAAAUAUCAAAAUCGUGACACCCCUAUUAUAUACUGGUGUGUUAGAACUGGUAAAGACUGAACCCCACAGUGUCACGCUUCUCCCUGACUGGCAUCACCCGUCUUUAUCCCACUGCAGCACCACCCGUUUAUCAGAGCUAGACAUUAACAACAGCAACAGCUACAACUACAGCGCUCCCCGCAACCCAACACUGCUAACAUGAGAAAUCUACAGCCUCCUGUAUUUCUCAGCAGCAGCAGCCGUUUAAACUGAGCCAAAAACGGAUCUGCCAGCUUAUUAAUGCACUUCAUAGCAAGGUAUAAUAAUUUAAUGACCUGUUAUUAAAUAAAUUACAGUAAUUCAGGUUGUACUAGUUAAGCUGUAAGGAAACGGAAUAGAAGUUAAAGUACAGAAUAGAAUAUGCGAUAUGAUAUGCGAUAUGCUGUAGGUAUGAGGUCAUGUCUGUGUCACAGUGUUCUUAGUUCUUAUUAAGGUACAAUAUAGAAUUAUGAAAGAGCUACAUAUGUAAAGAUGUAAUGGUGCAGGAAUUUGAAUUUUCAAUUUGUAUAUAUCGUUUCUGAAUUUAAUUUGUAUAUUUUCUUAUGAUCUUAAAUCUUGUGUCCAUCGAAUCAUUAUGGCUAGGGCUGGACGAUAACUGGAUUUCAGUAUACAUCACAAUACAAAGUGUUUCAGUAACUGUUAUAUACUACAAUAUGAUUUUUUAACACAUUUUAACACAAUAUUUCAGUAUCGAUUUUGAGACCUGAAUUAAGCAGAAGUUCAAAUUACAAGUCAAUAGAUAAAUAACGGACAAACUAAAAAUACUAGUGCAUCGCAAAAUAUUAGAAUAUUAUUGAAAAGUGAUUUAGUUCAAAAUGUGAAACUCAUUAUAAUUAUAUAGAUGUAUUAAACAAACUGAGAGAUCUAUUUUAAGUGUUUAUUUAUUGUUGAUGAUUAUGGCUUACAGCCAAUAAAAACCCAAAAAUCAGUGUCUCAGAAAAUUUGAAUAUUAUUUAAGACCUAUUGGUACUUUCUGCAGUGUGGGCAGUGUGCCAAAUCCUGCUGGAAAAUGAAAUCUUCAUCUCUUCAUCUCCACCAGCAGAUGACAUGUCUCUCCAAACCAUCACUGAUCAUCAGUAAAUUUUACAUUUCAUUUGUAAAUGAAGGGAUCAGAGUCUGGAGGAAGAGUGGAGAGACACACAGUCCAAACUGCUCGAGGUCUAGUGUGAAGUUUCCACCAAUCAGUGAUGGUUUGGAGAGACAUGUCAUCUGCUGGUGUUGAUCCACUGUGUUUUAUUAUCAAGUCUAAAGUCAGUGCAGUUUUGUUUUCCCACAAAAUCUUACAGCACUCCAUGCUUCUCUCUGCUGCUGAUAACUUUUAUGGAGAUGCAGAUUUCAUUUUCCAGCAGGACUUGGCACACUGCCCACAACUGCCAAAAGUACCAAUUGAUCUUAUAUAAUAUUCAAAUUUUCUGAGACACUGAUUUUUGGGUUUUCAUUGGCUGUAAGAGAUAAUCAUCAACAAUAAAAGAAAUAGACAUUUAAAAUAGAUCACUCUGUGUUUAAUACAUCUAUAUAAUAUACAAGUUUCACAUUUUGGACUGAAUUACUGAAAUAAAGUAACUUUUCAAUGAUGAGAUGCACUAUUUUAUUUUAUAACCUGUGAUCUAAAUAUGGUUAAAUAUCUAAAUUCUGUGUUUUUGUCUAUGACAUGUAUGACAUAUUUGAGUAAUCACAAUUCCCUGAAAUCGUAGGGACUAUGUUCUAUAAAUAUGUUUUUUAUUUUUAGGCAAAUAAAAGUGCAUGAACAUCCUUCAAACUGGUCUAUAAAAAAUAUAUACAGUAUUUAAAGCAUCUGUUGCUGACUGAGCUUCAUUACAGGAUGCUGAAGACGCUGCCAUCAGUUCACUAUAGGCUACUAGAGGCGGUGGAUUUAUACUGUAUUUAUCGAUAUUACAAUUAUAUUGCAUUGACCGAAAUAAAGAGCUUUAUAUGGUGAUGUAUACUUUGGCCGUAUCGUCCAGCCCUAUUUAACAGAAAUAAAAAAACAAAAACAAAUGCAGUUUUUUUUUUUUUAAAGGAACAAUUCUGUCCACAACGAAUAUUUUUAGAUAAGUAUGUCAUAUUCAUUACUGUGCACAAAUCAGAAGUGUCGGAUGUACAUUAUUUUUGCCAAUGGGUUUGGAGCACACUGAUUUGCUUUCACUCAUAUUGUAUGUGAAACACUUCAUGCAUUUAUGUGCAUUUUCUAUGCAACGAUGCAAUAAUAUGUUCACUUUUAUUAUUUAAAAGUGUUUAAAUCAAAAACUGUACAUUGUAUUUCCUUGUGUUUUCUUGUUGAAUACUAGCCAAAAAUAUAGUUUGUUGCUAUUAAUGAAGGCUUGCAGAGGCCAGGUAGCAAUUAUGCAAUGGACAUCGGAAGCCAUGAUUUAGCUGGAUACACGACGGGCGAGUUUUUUGAACAUUGUUUAAUUUGUUCAAUUGUCUUAUUUGUUAACUUUGAUUCUGAAACAAUAUGAAUGUGUAGCACAGGGCUGCAGAGUUGUUUUAGGAUUUAUUUGAUUGUUUAUGUGUGUGUGUUUUUUUUUUUAAAUGAUUAUCUUUCCCAACUGGAAUUUUUUACAUCUUGUGUUUAUUAUGUUAAAGCAUCAGGAGAUUCAUCGUGUACAGAUGUGUAUGAUAGAUUAUGAAUUUGUUGAAUUUUAACGUGUUUUAUGGGGCCUUAAAGAUGAACAGCGGAAAGAUGGACAGUGAAUGCGUUUACAUGCACUCAAAAAAAUUACUUUAUAAUCUGAUUACUGCAGAUAUUUGAGUAUAUAUUAUUAUCUGUGGCUUUAAUACCUAGUUUAGAGUAAUUUGAUUAAAAGAAUUGGAUUUUAAUUCUCUUUAUUUUUAUUUUUUAUUUAGUAUUCGCUAUUUGUUAAGCCUGUGCAGGAGUAAAAACAGACCCAGUUGGUGUUAAAACAUUUCGAUUUUAAUUAUUUUAUCUUCUAGCUGAUAUACAGUGUGAAAAAUAAUUAUUUGAUCUUAGACAAAAAUUUAUUUGUAAUUUUUUCCCCAUUUUCUCCCAUAUUUACACCGCCAAUUACCCAACCCACUCAUUAGGACUCCCCACACCAGGAGGGUUAAGACCAGUACAUGCCUCCUCCAAUACAAGUAAAGUCCGCCUCUUUUUGAACUGCUGCUGAUGCUGUAGCAUUACCGAGCAGCAUCACAGCGCUAACGCUUAGAGGAAAGCACAGCGACUCGGUUCUGAUACAUCAGCUCAAAGACGCAGCCUUGUGCUGAUCCAGAUCACCCUAGAAGUGAUGAGGGGGAAAGAGAGAGCGCCAUCUACUGUACCCACACAGAAAGAGCAAGACCAAUUGUGGUCUCUCAGGGCUCUGGUAGCUGAUGGCAAGCUACAUGAACAGGAUUCGAACCAGUGGUCUCCUGAUCAUAGUGGCAGCGCUUAUCCCGCUGGACCACUUGGAGCCCCUUGAUUCUCCUGAUUUUGAAAGUUUACUACCUUAUGAAUAAAUAAACAGUAUAAUUAAUUUAAUUUAAUGAUCUUAAUUUAACUAAAGAAAACAAUAUUAACAAAAAUAAGUAUUUGAUCCCCUACUGACUAGCAAAAUGUGUGACCCUCACAGAUCAGAUAUGUACCCCUAAGGCACACAAAUUAGUUUUGUCCCUUUAAGAAAGUACUUUUACUCUCACCAUGUUAUGUAAGGGUCAAAUCUCUCGAUCGUUAUGGAUAACACCGAAGAGUUGUCCAACGAUGACCCAAACAAGAUUGUAGACCUGCUUAGUGAAGCUUAGUGAAAAAGAAGCUCUACUGAAUUGAGAAUUCAGAUUAUUAAUGAUCUCAAGGGAGCUGGAAGCACAGUCAAUCAAGAAAACCAUUAGUAAAACGCUUCACAAUUAUAGGUUAAGGUCCUGCAGUGCCUGUAAAGUCCCUCUGUUAAAGAAGAAUCAUGUUUUGGACCGUUUAACAGUAAACAUCUGAAUGACUUAGAGAAGGCUUGGAAGAAUGUAAAGUAUUUAGAUGAGACCAUCAACUCUUUAUGCCGUGUUUAGAGGUAGAAAAAUGAUGAUUAUUACUUCAAGAUUACCUUCAGCUUUUGGGAUGUUUCUUUGCUAACAGUCCAGGAAGACAUUGACGUAUUGAAGAGCUGAUGUAUGUACUUUAUAAUCUCAAAUAAGAACCUCCUUGCUUUAACCAGAACACUGAAGAAGAAAACAUGUGGAGGGAGUUUAAGGUUCAACUUUUUGUACUAAACUUACAAAAUCAGCCAGGGAUCAAAUGAAUAUUUUACCAACUGUAUGUCCAUAUUGCAUUUCGAUGUGUUGUUAAAAAAUGUUUACGUCGCAUCUCAUUCUGUGAGUUUAUUGGCUGAUUGCAAAUGAUCAGAUUUCCUAAGUUCAUGCAAAUGCAUUGAUCAGAUUUUCUGUCAGAUAAACACUUGUGAUCGGAUAUAUGACGUGCAUAUAAACACUUUCCCUGUCUUUACAAAGCACCACAGGCUAUUUAACUAUGCUCGGCGCCCCCUUGUGGAGAAUCUUUAACCUGCUAAAUGUGAGAUACAAGCCAGAAUUGAGGUGCUUUGCAUCUAAACGGUACAAACAUUACAACAUAAUUUAUUUAUACUUAGGGUAAAUAAAUACUUAUAAUUUCAAAAUAACAGUGCAGAUUAACUACAUACGAAUCAACAGCAUGGAAUGGUUUGAUCAGUGUGGUUAAUUAAGGCUUCCUAGGGCUGUAUGAGACUACCAUAUCAGGUGCUCUCCUUAUAUGGUGUGUUUUUGUGUUUCCCUUGAAUUCACACAAAACCAGUACACACGUUCUAUGAUAUACCAGCAACGCCUUGCACAAAAUAUACGAAUAAAAAUAUUAUUACACUUAAA